AUGAACAUACCAAUAAUUGAAUCGCCUACAGAUGAAAAUAAUAACAAUAAUAUAAAUAGUAAAGGAAAUAUAUCUAUAAAUAAUGAACAAGAUAUAAAUAAUAAUAAUAAUAAUAAUAAAAAUAAAGAUAAUGAUAGUAAUAGUAAUGGUGAUGAUAAUAAUAAUAAUAAUUCCAACAACAAAAUAAUGGAAGCACAAUCACAACAAUAUGUUGAUAAUAAUGAAAUAAUAAAUAAAAUAAUAAAUAAAGAAGAACCUAUAGAAACAGUAACCACUACAACAACAACCACCACAACAGCAGCAGUAGCAUUUAAAAAUUCACAAUCACCAUCACAAUCACCAUCACAAUCACCAUCACAAUCACCAUCACAAUCACCAUCACAAUCACCAUCACAAUCACCAUCACAAUCGCCAUCACAAUCACCUCAAAUAGCAGGAAGAGGUGAUAGUGGUGGUGGUGGAGGUGGUACUACUACCACCAACACAGAUAGCUCCAUUCCAAGAAUUUUAACAUCAAAUGAUGAUGGUGAUGAUUAUGAAGAUGAUGAAGAGGAGGAAGAGGAGGAUAUUCAAGAGGAUGAGCAUAAUCACAAUGACUAUGAAGGCAAUGAUAAUGAUGGUAUUAAUGAAAACUAUGAUGAAGAAUAUAAUGAACAAGAAUAUCAUGACAAUUAUGAUGAUUAUCAAAAUAGUUCAGAGGUUUAUCUUGUAAAAAUGAAUGAAAUUGAACAACAAUUAGAUAGUGUUAGAAGGUAUGGACAAUUACAAACUAUUUCAUCGAUAAUAUCAGAGAAGCAACCAAUGUCAAGAACUCAUGUUUAUGCAACAAGUGAAAUAGAUAGUAGUAGUCUACAUGAACUAAAUGAAUAUGAUGAAUAUGAUAUAGUGGAUGAAGAAUCUUAUCAUCGUUAUGGUCAUGAUAUUCCAUAUCAACAACAAAAUCAAAUAUACCAUUUACAGCGUCAACAUCAACAACAUCAUCAACAACAACAACAACAACAACAAAAACAACAACACCAUCACCAUCACCACUAUAAUAAUCAUAAUCAAUUAGCAAAUUACAGUGAGAGUGAUAACUUUGGAUCAACAAGCGAAAGCCGUUAUAAUCAUCAUAAUGAUGCACGUUAUUAUCAUGAUGAAGAUGAAGAAGAUGAGGAAGAAGAAGAAGAAGAAGAAGAGGACCAAGAGGAAGAAGAAGAGGAGGAGGAAGAAGAAGAAGAGGAGGAAGAAAGAGAUGAAGGAUAUGACGGUGAUAUUUCAGAUCGUAUACAUUGGUUACCACAAACUCAAAUUAGUAUUGGAAGUAGUAUAAAUAAUAGUAGUAUUACAAGCAAUAAUAAUAGUAGUAGUGUUAAAUCACCAAUAUCAACCUUUAGAAAAGCAGUAUUAUUAAAGAAAAUUGAUAAGGCCUUAAAUUCAAUGCAAAAAACCACUGGUGGAACUAAUCCUUAUCCAUUGGUUGGCUAUGAAAAUACUGAUGAUGAGGAUGAAGAUAAAAGUUUUGCAACAUGGGAGCAAAAUUUACCUAACCCACCAUCAAGCUAUAACCAAAAACCACUUCCUGAACAACCCCAAGCAAUUAGAGCAACAACACCAAAUUCAGUAUCACCAACUCAAAAUGUAACAUCACCAACCCAAAAUCCAAUAUCGCCACCACCAACUACUACAACAACAACCACCACCACUACUACCACUGCCACAAUAACUAAUAAAAACGAUGGUAACAACAUCAAUGAAAAUAAGAGAUCAACACCAUCACCACUAUCAAUUCAACAAACACCAAAAAGAGUUACACCUAAAAAAGAUAACGGAAAUCAUUCAGCAAAAAAAACAUUAAGUUCUGGAUAUAUUACAAAUUUGGUUACACCAAAUAAAAAACAAUAUCAACAACAACAACAACAACAACAUCACCAUGGUGAUAAUGAGUCUUCAGGAUUAUCAGUUAGUAGAGAGAUUGAACAGUCAAUAGAAUCUUCACUUUUAAUGGGACAGGCAACUCCAUCAAGAAUAAGAUUCCAACAAUAUCAACAAUCACCUUCAUCUUUACACCACCACCACCACCAUCACAACCAACAUAUCCGUUAUCAAGAUAGUAACACUCAUAAUUAUCACCAAACUCCUCCACCACCUCAACCAUCAUCUUUAGUAUACCAACCAGAGACUCUAUAUGAUCCAUACUAUCAACCACAACCAACACCAACCCAAAAUACACCAACACCAACUAUUUUUGAAAACUUUCAACAGUAUGGUUCAUUCUUUCCACCUCAAUCUCCAUCACCAGCUACACCUUUACACAACAACAAUAACAACUACAAUAUUAAUAAUAACCACAACAACAACAACAAUAAUAAUAAUCAACAGUACCAAGAGAGUCCAGAACAAAAAAGUCAAGCCAUUCGAUUAUUGGAGAGUAAAAAACUCUUAUUACAAGUUUACAAGUUUUUAGAAGAUAGCACCAACAUUCAAGACUUAACAUUUAUGAACCUAAUAUUUAAAGAAUUGGCCAAUAUUAAUUCAUCCUCAUUGUGGGAAAAAUCAUUCCACUCUAUUAACGAAUUGGUACAAAAUGACAAGAUUGAAAGGAUUUUACAAUUGCAUAUUCAAAGACAACAGCAACAACAACAACAACAACAACAACAACAACAACAACAACAACAACAGCAACAACAACAACAACAACAACAACAACAACUUCAACAACAGCAAAAUUUAAUGUUCCAACAACAAAACUUACAUCAACACAACCAACACCCACAUCAACACAACCAACCAUACUCAUCACUACCUCACUAUGAGUCAUUUCAACCAACACAACAACAACACCAAUCAUACCACCAACCAAUAUCACAGCAGCAACAACAACAACAACAACAACAACAACAACAACAACAACAACCAGAUGCAGUGAACUUUGAUAUAAAUAAUAUUAGUAGUAUUGAUAAUAUAAAUGGUAGUAAUAAUUAUCUCCAUCAAUCUAUAAACCACAACCAACCUCCUCCAUUCUAUGGUCAACAAGCAACUUCAUCAUCAUCACAAGCAUCUUCAUACAAAACACCAUUAAAAUCAAGACAACCACAGCAGCAACAACACCAUAAACUCCCUCAAACACCACAAACACCACUCCAAUAUCAACCAAAAAUUAUUUAUAAAACUCCAAUGAAAACACCAUCCAGAGAGAAUGAAAGAAUAUAUUCACCAACAACACAAAUUAAAAAAGGUAGACCUUAUUCUCAUACUUUCCAUGCAGAAAUGUCAACAGAGGAAGAGGAUAAUGAAAUUGACAAAGAGUUUUAUAGAACAAGAAGAGGUCGUAAUAUUAAUAAUAAUUUAAACACUAUUGUAAAUGAACAACACAUUAAUAAUGAUAAUAAUAAUAAUAAUAAUAAUAAUAAUAAUAAUAAUAAUAAUAAUAAUAAUAAUAAUAAUAAUAAUAAUAAUAAUAAUAAUAAUAAUAAUGAUAUUAAUAAUAAUAAUAAUAAUAAUGAUAUUAAUAAUAAUAAUAAUAAUAAUAGUUUUGAAAAUAAAAAUUUGGAAAUGACUCAUAGUG